UAAUUUAUUUCCGUUAAUAGUAGUUAGAAUGUGUAGUGAGACAUCCAAAAUGGAGAUGCGUGAAAACUCCUACAGCAUGUUUUUGUGUAGUCAGGAAGUGAAAGCAGUGGCCAGACUUAGAUACAGGAAACAUAUUUUACAUUCUGGCAGUCUUUUCACUCUGACUUAUAGUUGCUCCACAGUUACUUCACUUUUGACAACAUGGACGUGUCAAACACAAGGAGAAUUGUCAUCUUGGGAAAAACUGGAUCUGGGAAAAGCAGCCUGGCUAACACCAUAUUUGGUGAGGGACUGUUCACAAUCGGCCACACUCUCAAAUCUGAAACACGAAAAUGUGAAUCAAAAACCAAAUCUGUUAAUGGAAGAAGCAUCACUUUGAUCGACACUCCAGGUUUCUUCGACACAGAGAUAUCUGAGGAGAAGAUGAAGCCUGAGAUAGUGAGGUGUAUCACAGAGUGUGCUCCUGGUCCUCAUGCUUUUCUCAUUGUGCUUAAAGUGGAGAAAUUCACAGAGCAUGAGGAGGCUGUCAUCACUAAAAUAAACGAGUACUUUUCUGAAGAAGUUUACAAAUAUGCAAUACUUGUAUUUACUCAUGGUGACCAGCUCCCUGAAGGAAAGACAAUAAAGGAUUUAGUCUGCCAAAAUCAGCUUGUGAGUGAUCUAGUGGAGAAGUGCGGCGGCCGCUGCCACAUUGUUGAUAAUAAAUACUGGAAGAACAACCGGCAGGAUGAAUACAGGAGCAACCAGUUCCAGGUGAAGGAGCUACUUAACACAAUAGAGAAGAUGAUUGAGUCAAACAAAGGAAGCUGCUACACCAAUGAGAUGCUACAAACAGUGGAGGAAGUAAUACAACAAGAGGUGGAGGCCAUUAGACGGUCAUCAGGAAACAUGUCAGAGGAAGAGAUCAGAGAGCAGGCUAGAUUCAGCACAUUUAAGAAGUUUUGUAUCAGACUGGCAGGUACUGCAACAGGUGUGGUGUUAGGAGCUCUUCUUGGUGUAGUAGUGAGUGUUGGAAUAGUUGUCAUAAUUUUAAGGGCAGUAGGAAUAACAGUAGCAGCAGCAGUAGCAGCAGUAGGAGAAACAGCAGCAGUAGCAGGAGUGGGUGUAUCUGCUGCAGUGGGAGCAGUGAUGGGAGGUGUUACAGGAUAUGCUGAAGCUGAGGGAGCAGACACACCAUGGGAAGCAGCAAAGAGGGCAGCAGAGGCUGUCAAGGAUCAAGCACUAUCUGUCUAUGAAGCAUGUGAUAUUUUUGACAGAGUAAAGAAAGAAAAGUCAAAACAGAGUUAAAACCAAUGAUGAGCCGUGCCUCUGAAAGAAGGGGUAACGAAUAUAUCAUUAAUUAGUCAUGUCUCCCUUUAGAUUGCCAGAUCAUGCCUUUGAAUCUGUAAUCAUUGAGCUAAUAUGUUAAUUCAUAUCUAAUAUAUUAAAGGUUGUGUUUUUCAUCUGAGCUUUAGCAACCUAUUCCUGUUUCACAAACUAUUUACACUUACCUAUACUUCUGAUUUGAUAUUGUACAUAUCUAUUUUUUAACCCAACUCCACUGAUGAUUUUAUGAUACAUACUUGUAACCUGUUUUGUCAUUUUUAAUUUGCUCCUAAUUGCAAUUUUAUAUUUGCACUCUUUCCUACAUCAUAUUGUAACUGCUGCACAGUAAUUUCCUUUGGGAUAAAAAAAGUUCACUACAGGGGUUUGAUAUGAUGUUUAGUGCAUAAUGAAAAUAUUAAAUCAUUUUACCAUCUUUCAUAGAUAAGAGCUUUAAAAAAAACGUUUUAAUCAAACCAGUGUACACUGCUUUUUCUGUCUCCUGUAGAAACAUUGCUCAGUUACCUUUAAAUGUCACUAAAUGUAUGUACAACAUCAUUAUGUUAGAAUAGUUAUGGUUCUUUGUGGAUUACAAUGUAUCACCAAGACUAAUAAG